AUGUUAGGUAGGUCCCAAAGGUCCGGGUCCAGGGAUCAGUCUCUGGGUCCCCACCCGGCUCGGGUCCCUAACGCUGCAGGCAAUUGCCUACGGCACUCUCCGCCUCCAGCCACGCUGCAAUCCUUGCUCCAGGCACUGCGGCAGGUUCUCUCCUGGCCCCGAAGAGGACUCUCCAAACCCGGCCAGCUCUUUCCUCCUGCCCCUGAGGAUCCAGACGCCCUGGCAGCUCCCGGGCUCCAGAAACGAGAAUGGGAUGCUGCCUCCAGUCCCAAUCGACCCAAGUUUCUUCCCAGAGGGUCCCGGAGGCCGCUCCAAGUUUGCUGCGGCUGGCGGACGGCCGCGCGCCCCGUCCGAAGAGGGGGGCGGAGAGGGGGAGGGCGCGGGAGCGGGGGACUCGGAGGGGGAGGAGCAGGAGCGCGCGGCCUCGGUGCUACCUUUCUGCAAACAACGUUGCCACACGCGGAGAGCACCGAGAUUUCUGGGGCUUCGGAGGGAAUCGCGAGCGAGGGGGCGGGCGGCGAUCGGGGGACCACACAGCCCACAGGCGCCCCCACCCCCGCGCUGCACCCCCAGCCCAUUCACUGCGCGUCCCCCACGAGAAUACUGAAGCCCGACGACCCAAAAACGGGAGCAGCAGGCGUCGGAGCGAAAAUGAAAGGUGUGGGAGACGGGACUUACUUUCCGAGGCGCCGUGCUGAGCGCUGCAGACGAGAAAUAAAGGCCCGGAACCGGGCAACCUUGAACCCCACGAACGCGGCAAUGUCAGGGCUCCGGGUGGGGCGGCGGCGGCGGCCGCAGGGCACCGGGACGGGGACGGGGACGGGCGCGCGUGCGGCGGACGCUCGCGCUGCGCUCCGGCUCGGCCCGGCUCCGCGCGGCUCCGCGCCUGGCUCCCCUCUGGCUCCUGGCACCGACUCGGGCAGUCACAUGACGCCGGCGCCGCUCGCUCUGCGAGCCUCCCGGGGCUGGCGGGGCUUGGAGACCCCCGAAGCAAACUUCCCACGGGCCAGGCCUGCCACUGGAGAGAAAACGAGACCGGUAGCAGCCGCAUCUGCUCAGCGGGGCCUGCCUGAAAACUUGGCAAACUUAGGUCCGGAACCUCCGCCUCGGGGGAGAACUGCGGCCGAGCUGUGGGCUCGGCCCGCGACCUUUCAUUUCUGCUUGCUUCCCUGGAACCAAGCGCGGGCGUGCUCAGUGGCCAUCACCGAGCUCAGAGCGGGGUGGCGGAAACGAGCCUUCUUGUCCAAGCCAGGCCUCUUGGAGGACUUUGUAUAGCUUGGUACCCGACUUUAUAACGUUUUUGAGUUUCUUUAAAACAAUAUUAGUGUAAUAAAAAGAACAAAGGAAAAAUUGGUUCAAUUGUUUUAGUCCUGUGUAAUGUUUAAAAACACCGCUGCUUCAGUCUGUGGUUUGUUAUUGCUUUAAGAUGUUUUAAAGACCUUUUAGGUUCACCAUUCUCACCUUGAUGCUUCAUCCAGGUAUGGCACUACCUAAAAAGUAGAGAUGAAAGUAUAUUUUGAGCCCCAUGAGGUAGCUACGGAGUUAUAAAAUUAGUGCUGGGUAACCUCAAGUAGUCAGAUUGCAUAUUGUAAAUAAUGCACAUAUAAAAAAGACCACAUGGAGAACACCCAUCAUGGUACCCCAUAAGAUUAAUCUUUAAAAUGUAAAGGCAUGAGGAUUUGUUCUGUUAAUGAAUAAAAGAUAAAUGCAAGACAAAGUGC